AUGAACGCAGCCUUCGCAGACGCUGUCAAGGCAAACGACCCCGCCGCACACAGGCCCAUCCAACCCCACAACACCGGCCCCGCAUCCUACUCGCACCUCCCACAGUCGGGUCGCAGGUCCGUCGUGGGCCGCCCCCCCUCCGUCGCGUCCUCCUCCUCUGCUGCCGCCUCCAUCCCCUUCAGAGCCAUCCCACCGCGCUCGAAAACACCAACAACGCGCCCGGCAAGUCGCCAGUCGGCCGCAUUCGACAAGGGCCCUGCUCGAGUCGACAGAUCGUUCGACGUCGGGGAUAACGUUCGCAUCGAGAGUCUCGGCUUCGAGGGGACGCUCAGGUUCAUCGGCGAGAUUGAUGGGAAAUCAGGCCAGUGGGCAGGCGUCGAGCUCGGCGGCGGCUUUGCGGGCAAGGGAAAGAACGAUGGCUCCGUCAACAAUAAACAUUAUUUCGUCUGCCCACCGAAGUGCGGUGUCUUCGUGGCGCUCGCCAAACUGUCCCCCCCAACGGUCGGGCCUGGUAGCAUCUCUCGACCGUCCUCGGUCGCCUCGUCUCGCAGCGGCCGAGUCACCCCGUCAGUUUCGGGUCGCAUAACGCCUUCGUACGGCCUCAAGAACAACGGCCGCGUCACCCCGUCCAUGUCGACGAGCAGGGUCACCUCAGCCGUCACGCCCGCCGCCCGGACACCGACGCCCAAGGCGCGCACGUCCCCGAACGGGUACGAGGCCGUCACCCCAGGCUCCCGCGCGUCGCGCUACGUCGGCGUCACCGCAAAACAGCUCACCUCGCGCGCACCGGGGGGGCCGCCCAUCCCUCCGAGCCCCACGCGAUUCGCAGGACGCGCCUCACCCCCAUCGUUGAUCCACGCCGGCAAGACCCCCCGAGCUGCGCAGGGAACCAGACCUAUGGGCCUCGGGAUCGGCUCGCCAGCCGGGACGCCGACAAAGGGCCGCACAUCCCUCAUGACCCCGCGCGGUCGAAUACCGAGCGCCAUCGCGAUGCCUCCGCCCCCCUCCCCAGGCGGGAGCUCGACCCGGAGCCAAUCGGUGUCGCUGAACGACUACCCCCAGUCGUCGCCCAUCCCGAACGCGUUCACCUCCAACGACCUGGAGAUGAACGGCCGCGCCAUUCAGGAUCAGGUCGCCCAGCUGCUAUCCGGCCGGGCGUCGCACGUCGCCAUGCGAACGCCGCCGCCCCAUUCUCCGCCGGCGUCACAUGUCGCGUUCCCCCUGGCAGAUUCGGCCGAGUCGCUGCGGCCACUGCAGCUCAAGCUCGAGGCGCUGCAGGCCGAGAACGACCAGCUGAAGGCGCUCGCCGAAGCACGCAAGAACGGGGAGCUCGAGUCCGUUCAGCGCGCACAGAGCCUGCAGGAAGACCGGGAUCGCACGGUUGCGCGCACCGCGGAGCUCGAGAUGUCGGUGAAGACCGCAGAGCGCGCGCUGAGCGAGCGGACGGCCCAAAUCGAAGGCCUCGAGCGCGCGGUCGCGCAUGCCGCCGCCGACGUCGAGAAGGCGAAGAGCGACGGCGAGGCGCGGCUCCGCGACCUGCAGUCCCGCCUCGACGACAAGGAAUCCCUGAUGAAGGACCUCAAGGGCGCGAUCGAGGCGAAGGAGGCCGGCGAGAGCGAGACGAACGCCGCGCUGAAGGCGAAGAAUGCGGAGAUCGCGCUGCUGGAGGCGCGUGUCCAGAAGGCUUACGCGGAGCUCGAGGAAGAGCGCAGGGAGCUCGGCGGGCAAGUCGACGAGCUUCGGCAAGCUGGCCAGGAAACCAUCGCGUUGUACGAGGAGCGCAUGAGCGCCGCCGAGACCAAGCGCUACGAGCUGGAAGAUGCCAUCGCCGCUCUGCAAGAGCAGUCCCGGGCCCAAACCCAGCCCCCCUCGCCGUCCGUAGCGCGCUUCUCGUCGUCUGCCGCGCAGAUCGAGAACGAGACGCUGCGCGACCAGGUCGUGCACUUGCAGAGCAAGCUCGCGGCGCUCGAGGACACGCUCGAGGACGCGCGGGCGACCGCGGACAAGGAGGAGGCGAUGGUGCACGACCGGAUGAAGCGCUUCCGCGAGAAGGAGGAGGGGCUCCGGGCGCAGGUCGCCGAGGGCGAGAAGGAGCUCGAGCGCGUGCUCAAGUCGGAGGAGGGCGCACGUGCGCGGAUCGAGGAGAUCGAAGAGGCGUUCCGGGAGGCGACCGUCGCGCUGGAGAACGCGCGGGCCGAGAUCGAGGUGCUGCGCGCGGAGAUCGCGAACCUCGAGGGCUUGGCUGCGGACCCGUCGUCCCCCGAUGCGUCGGACAGGAUCGCGGAGGUCGCGCAGCGCGCCGCUGCCGACCGCACGCGCGCGGCAGAGGAGAUCGCACAGCUCAAGGCUACCGUCGAGCAGUUGCGUCUGUCCAAGGCCGAGGCGCAGCCCAACGGCGACACGAGCGAUCUCGAAGAGAUCGCCGAGCGGCUGUUCAUUGAGAAAGAUCAGCUCGAGGAUCAACAGACGAAGCUGCAGGAGACGAUCGCAGAACUGCGCGAGCGUCUGGAGCAGCAGGCCUCAGAGAUCGAGUCCUUGCGCAAGCGGGCACAGCGCGAUCUUCCAGUUCAGGACAUUUUACCUGACGCGAGGCCGGCGCCCCCACCGUCGCCGUCGCGGUACGAGACCAGUGCCUUGCGCGAGGAGAUCGCAGGUCUGAAGCAUAUCGUAGAAGAACUGCGGAGGGAAAGCGCCGCUGCGAGCCAGAGGAACAAGCUCCUCGAGUCUGAGAACAAGCUUUUGAUCUCAGAAACGGACCAGCUCCGCGACGAAAUGAAGGCCCUCGAGAACAGCGUCGAGCAGAGUUUAUUGCGCGAAGAGCAGGCUCUGGAGGAGGGCUCGCCGACCAUCAGCGACGACGUGGCUUCAUUGCGGAGAGCACUGAAGGAGCUCAAGGCAAAGCACGAGACCGACAUCGACCAGCUACGGAAGAAGCAGGCGGAUGCGGAGCUGAAGAGCGCUCGGACGAUCCACGACCUCAACAAGGAGGUCAGUGAACUGGAGAGUUUGAUCGAGUCCAAGAUUUAUCGAGAAGACGAGUUGGAGCAAGAGGUGGACCGGCUGAAAGACAAGCUGUCGAGAAGCCACAAGAAGUCGUCCACGCGGCUUUCGGACAUCCUCAGCCACACGACCGAUUCCGAGACCGUCGUGUCGGACGACACGCCCGUCGGGCCGCACGGGUCGGACGUGUGCGAGAUCUGCGAGCAGCCCGGCCACGACAUCUUCACCUGCGACGUGCUGAAGGGCAACGCGCCGGCGCCGUCUCGGCCACAGAGCUCCGC